AUGCCAUCCAAACAGAAAACAGGCAUGUUCACAUCUGCUUUCCUUACCUGUGCUUGCUCUUUUGUGAUGAUUUGUGUGGUGCUGGCGACCCAGCACUGGAUGAGUAGCAGGAUUCGUUUUUCUAGCACAGAAUCCAAUGUCACUGUCAGCCUCACCUACGGACUUUUUAGUGGUACCUGUCAACAGUCAUUUGAAGCAGGACUUCAGGUUACAGAAGAAAAUUUCCAAGUUGCAGAGCACCUGUCAAGCACCACUGCAAGAAGCACAAACGUUGCCAUUGUUGUCAUCCUGGUUCUCAGUUUACUGAGCUCUCUUCUGAGUUCUGGAUUUACCUGCACCAAUGCUGUCAGUAAUCCCUACCAGACGUUUCUGGGACCCAUUGGAGUCUACACCUGGAAUGCCUUGUGCGGAAUCCUCAUACUGAUAGCCAUGAUACUUUUUCCUGUGAACAUAGAAGUACACAGCCUCUCUGUAGAGCUGGCCCGUGUAUGUUCUCCCUUACUGCAGACAUCCACCAGUUCUGCACACACUUAUGGAUACUCAUAUUGGAUCAUGCUGCUCAUUAUCUUUCUGAACAUUGGUUCUAUCAUCAUCAUCUAUUUCUACAACCAUGCAAGAUAUUCUAAGAAGAAAGAACAGGAAAGACCUAUUGAAAAUGCACCAAAAGAUGUCAUUCUGUUUUAA